AUGAUUUCCUCCACAUUUGCCCCGACCCUGUCGCGAAGGGAUACGGCCAAGCCUGGUGGAGGCUAUGACAGUAUGCAUAGCAGCAACCCCCCCGUGUCUAGUGGCGGAGGGCCAUUUGGACCGCAGAGUGCAAGUGCCAUCUAUCAACAGAUCCAUGAAGUGGCUGCAAAACGGAUAUCCACCCUAGAUUAUUUGAGAAAGACUCUAGAAGGCCGAGUCUAUUGGUUUAAUACAGUCCAUUUCUCGCGAGCUGAUAUCAGUCGCCUACCAUAUUUCGAAGCCCGCAAGCUUUCACGUCGGGCGGUCAAUUACCUCCUUCUGGGCCUAUCUCUGCCAUCAAUCCUUGACGUCAAUUCGACCCCAUUUGAGUACUUGCGAGCCCUCAACGCCCUGUUACUCGAGUUUGAGGCGUUUCAACAGGUGCACCCACCCGACGGCAGCUCUUCAUCUAGUCUUGCGCGCGCACGUAUCCCUCAGAUGUUCAAGCGAGCAGCUCACGCUGGCACGAAAACCCGACGUGCUAGCUCAGCCACGGAAAUUGGCCUGCCGAUGCAAUCAAGUGAUCCAACGGAUUUGAAAAGCACGGCCGGCAAUAUCACGUCCCCGUCAACCGCAGCCGCCUCGGUGAUCUCCUUCCCUCUCACCGAGUCUUCGGAUCUAUUGCCAGGCGAGGAAUACACUUAUCUUCUCACGCCAUCUUUACCCUUCGAACCGGACUUCUUUGAAACCUUUUCAACCCUCUGCGAUGUCCUGAUCGAUUGUUACGGUCGAAUUACAAGUCUCGUAUCGUCUCCCUCGGUCUGUACAGUGGCCCUGGGGGAGACCUUCUCCAAAGCGGAUGCCAAACUACGAAAGAUAAUGGUAGCCGGUGCGGUGCGUGAGUUCGAAGACGCCAGUCGGAAUGGGGUCAAGAAUGAGAUUUCCGGUGUCGGCCGUGUCGUGCUCGGUGGGUUGAUGGGGUGA